CCGGCUGCUGCCUAGAGAGAGAGCCAGACACAGAGAGAGAGCGAGAGGCAGAGAGCGAGAGAGACAGCAGCAGAGGCAGCAGCAGCAGCGUCGCUGAGGAGGAGAAGAGUGGGAACAGCCCCAAAGAGAAGGGGAAGAAGGAAGGCCUGGCCAUUGCCAAAAGCAGCCCCGCAGGGCUCCAGAGAGGAGUUCGGCCAAGCUUUUUGGCAGAGGCCUUCUUAGCCAGGGCUAAAGUUUCAGGGGACAUUUCUUUGCCCUGUGGACCACACCCUGGAAGAGACACCUUCAAGGGGCAACAUCCCACUCCUGCCUUUGCAACAAAGCAACAGCCCUGCAGUUGUGUGAGGGAAGUUAAGAUUCCUGAGGAACCUCUGCUGGGAAGGCAUCCCCACGUGCCCACUUUUUGAAACCAGCCUCCAAGCCCAGUUGGGUUACACAGCCACAGCUUUUUUGCCUUCCUCGGGAGGAAGUCCGCACACGUGCCAAGAUGACAGAGAACUCCACUGCGGCACCUGCCGCCAAGCCCAAGCGGGCCAAGGCGGCCAAGAAGUCAACAGACCACCCCAAGUACUCGGACAUGAUUGUGGCUGCCAUACAGGCCGAAAAGAGCCGGGCCGGUUCGUCUCGCCAGUCCAUCCAGAAGUACAUCAAGAGCCACUACAAGGUGGGGGAGAAUGCCGACUCCCAGAUCAAGUUGUCCAUCAAGAGGUUGGUGACAACAGGUGUCCUCAAGCAGACCAAAGGGGUCGGUGCCUCUGGUUCCUUCCGCCUGGCCAAAGGUGAUGAGCCCAAGAAAGCUCCAGUCAAGAAGGCCAAAAAGGAAGUCAAGAAGGCCACAACACCCAAGAAAGCGGCCAAGCCCAAGAAGGCUGCGGCCAAGUCGCCAGCCAAGAAGCCCAAGCCUGUGGCAAAGAAAGCCAAAAAGAAGCCAGCACCUGCUCCAAAGAAAGCCAAGAAGCCAAAGACUGUUAAGGCCAAGCCAGUGAAAGCAUCAAAGCCUAAAAAGGCAAAGGCGUCAAAACCCAAAGCAAAGUCCAGUGCAAAGAAGACGGCCAAGAAAAAGUGAGAUGGGAGCCCUUCUUUCCUUGGACACUCUCCUUGACCUCUACUAUGUAAAUAGAGUCCUCCUUUAUUCCCUACUUCUUUCUACUGCAGCUUUAUAAAGACUGAACUAUUCUUCUCCUAUAAUAGUUUAAACCAAUUACUGGAAAGAAAGAAAAACAAAACAACCUGCCCAUCAAUAUAGAAAGAUCUUUUCCUUUUGGAUUUGGAUUUUUCUCCUUAUCACUUGUAAUUUUUAAAUGUAUUUUUAUGUGUUCAUCCUUGCCUCAUUUAUAAAGGUAUGCAAUACUUGCUUGUGUUUUGAGCAUGAGGGGGAGACACACAAAUCUGAUCAGGAUGUUCUUGAAUGUUCCUCUCCUUUGGAGAGGAUGGCGGGGAGGGGAGGGGGAUGAAUAAGAAAGGGACGUAUGGUGUGGGCCCACUUUAAAGGAAGACCCUUAAGUUAUGUGUUUGAGAAACAUAAUCAUAGUGGAAAUUGCGACUGAAUGCUGUAGCUUUUUAGAAAAGCUUUUUGUAGGUGAGUCAGAUGCUAGUGUCACAGAAUCCAUACAGAACUGUUUCUUUGGGGCAGAAAGAGGCUGGUAAGCUUUCCACUGGCUUUGCUCUGUACUCUUGUUAGGGGUCUGGGAUCAGUGGAAAUUGUGCAAAUGCUUGUGCUUUUUCUAUUUCAAUAUCUAUAGCCUGACCAUGGUGAAGUCGAGAUCUAGAGUGAAGGUUUUAAUUUCCUUUCUCCUUCCAAAGAGUUUUUAAAAGAUAGGCAUGGUUUCCACCUGUGUUCUCCUGGAGCCUGACCACUGUCUCCUCCCUGACAACUUCAAGGAAGAAUUUGCCGUGUUUGGGGGAAACAAAACCCGUCCUUUCUCUGCCGUCCAAGUGUCCCCAGCCCUGCAAUGUUCUUUCUGUCCUGUUCUCUACAGUCCAUCCGCUCUCCACAGCAAUCUACUUUUUGAGUUGCCAGUCUCUUAAAACACCUGAAGGAGGAGAGAAGGAACAAAUGUUGUAGAUGAGAAUGGACAGGUAGCCAAUAAUGAAUCUUUUAAGGUAGCUUUAUAAAGCUGUGUACUAUUAUUGCUUCUGUUUGGGGUGUCUGGGUGUGUGGCUUAUUUCCCCCUUACAGAGGGAUGGAAAAGAUAACUUUCAGUACUCCAGUUUUAAAACAAAAAUAAGGGAUGCUUGUUGUUUAAACAAAGGAAAAAUUCUCAUAGGAUUGAUACCUGAUUGUCCAUUUUAUUUUGUAUGUGUAAUUUUGUGCAAGAAGGAUUUAGUAGUCUUUGUAAUUUUAGGGUUUAAAAUAAAAUUUAAACGCAUAAUG